GCAGAGUGCCUGAUGAGAACUAAGUAAUUAAGUAAGUUUCCGUUCAGGCGCUGCUUGGACAGCCAUCUCGUGCUGGUGUUGUGAAGGACCCUACAGUCUAAUAUGGCGGCGCCCGAUGGAACUUUAAACUGUGAGGAUUUUUCCAUGUUUCAGGAGGGGCUGAAGGUGAUGCGCACCAUAGACGACCGUAUCGUCCACGCCCUGAACACUACUGUGCCCACCGUGUCCUUCUCAGGAAAAGUGGACGCCACACAGACCUGCAAAGAACUUUAUGAGUCGUUGAUGAAAGCCCAUCUGAGUAGAGACAAAGCCAUUAAGGCCUGUAUAGCGCAGAAAUCGGAUGUGGUGGCACAGCUGCGGGAAGAACGAGGAAAAGACAGCGAAAAUCUGAAACUGAUCAAACAGCUUCGAAAGGAGCAGACCAACUUAAAGCUCAUGCAGUCAGAGCUGAACGUCGAAGAAGUUGUCAAUGAUAGAAGUUUGAAGGUUUUCAUUGAACGAUGCAGAAACCACUACCUGCCUCCAAAGGUGUAGUGAAGAUCCCUCUGAGGAAAAAGAGCCUCUUCGGUGUGUUUGAACCCAGACAGGAGCUGAGCGUGAGAGCUGCCGCAAAGUACCGACCGUAGGCCGCUAGUCUUCCAGACCAAUCGGAGCUCCUCUCCACUUCACCUAUUUUCAGUGUCAUUAUUGCUGAACGAUUGCUGUAUGAGUCCUCUUUGUUCUUCACAAGGAGUUAUUGUACAAAAAGCUUUUUUUAAAAAGACAAUGAACUGUUUUCAAAUGA